GAUCGCACUCUAAUGCUGUUUACCCGAUUUAAAAAUGCGAGACGAGGAAGAGAGGUUAAAUAGAUUGAUAGGUUGUAAAAUGGGGUUUGGUGAAGGUGGUGCAGUUUUUGUUUGGGGCUGAGGGCUUUUUAAAUCGUUUUGGGUUAAUUUCGAUGCUAUGUUUUGUGGUUUGCUGAAUCUGUUGUUCGCCUCUUGGCUGCUUCACCUGCGUUUCUUUCCUGCUGCAUGCUUUUAGGGCUUUUCCUCUUCGCCCUUUUCACAUUCUAUUUCCCUUUCUCAAACAACAAUACUUAACUCUUCCUCUCAAUCUCAUUCCUUGCUUUCGCUUUUCUCCCGCAAGAACCCUAAUUCCCAAAUCCGCCUAUCUAAAUUACCUACUCUCGCUGCUUCUCUGCAUUCUUUGGUCUUUGCUUCUUCUGCUCCUCCAUUCCGAUUGCAAUUUGUUGGUCCUUCGUCUCUCACCUAAUCAUCCCUCUCCAUUCAGAAGCUGAUGGAUGAAUUAUGUUUUGCAUUUCCUCCUCUUAAAUAAAACUCCUAAGUAAGGUUCAUGCGAUGGAUAUGUCUGAUGCUGUCAUUGUCAAAUCUAGUAGGUUGAAAUCCGUUGUGUGGAAUGAUUUUGAUAGGAUUAAGAAAGGCGAUACAUGUGUGGCAGUUUGUAGGCAUUGCAAAAAGAAACUGAGUGGAUCAAGUACCAGUGGAACUUCACAUCUAAGGAACCAUUUAAUUAGGUGUCAGAGACGGGCAAACCAUGGCAUAGCACAAUACAUUUCAGCAAGAGAAAAGAGAAAGGAAGGGACUCUAGCAAUUGCAAAUUUCAAUUUAGAUCAAGAUUCUAAUAAAGAGGAUACCCUUAGUCUUGUGAAUAUUAAAUUUGAGCAGACACAGUUGAAAGAUGAAUCUGUCAACACUGGAACUAGUAACUUUGAUCAAAGACGGAGUCGAUUUGAUCUUGCUCGCAUGAUUAUUCUACAUGGAUAUCCUUUGGCUAUGGUUGAGCAUGUUGGUUUCAGAGCUUUUGUAAAAAAUCUACAGCCGUUGUUUGAGCUGGUGACGUUGAAUAGGGUUGAGGCUGAUUGUAUUGAGAUUUAUGAGAGAGAGAGAAAAAAGAUGAAUGAGAUGUUGGAUAAAUUGCCUGGGAAAAUCAGUCUUAGUGCUGACGUGUGGACUGCUGUGGGUGACGGUGAGUAUUUAUGUUUGACAGCAAAUUACAUAGAUGAAUCAUGGAUGUUAAGAAGGAGGAUACUAAAUUUUAUAAGGAUUGAUCCUUCUCAUACUGAAGACAUGCUUUCAGAAGCUAUCAUGACAUGUCUAAUGGAUUGGGAUAUUGACCGUAAAUUGUUUUCCAUGAUACUGGAUAGUUGUUCAACAUGUGAUAACAUUGUUAUUAGAAUUGGUGAGAGACUUCUGCAAAACAGGUUUCUUUACUGUAAUGGUCAAUUAUUUGAUAUACGCUGUGCUGCAAAUGUAAUUAACACCAUGGUUCAGCAUGCUCUGGGAGCUGUAGGUGAAAUUGUCAAUAAGAUUCGAGAAACUAUUCGUUAUAUUAAAAGUUCACAAACUAUACUGGCAAAGUUCAGUGAGAUGGCUAAAGAAGUUGGGAUUCUGAGUCAAAAGGGGUUAUUUCUUGAUAAUCCGUUGCAAUGGAACUCCACAUAUUCAAUGCUUGAAGUUGCCUUAGAAUUCAAGGAUGUUUUAAUUCUCUUGCAAGAAAAUGAUACUGCCUACAAAAUCUGUUUAUCUGAUGUAGAGUGGGAGAGAGUAACUGCAGUUGCUAGCUACUUGAAGCUUUUUGUUGAGGUUAUAAAUGUUUUCAACAAGAGCAAGUAUCCAACUGCAAAUAUAUAUUUCCCUGAGCUCUGUGAUGUUAAGUUGCAUUUGAUUGAAUGGUGCAAGAAUUCAGAUGAGUAUAUCAAUUCUUUGGCGUCAAGAUUGAGAAGCAAGUUUGAUGAGUAUUGGGAGAAAUGUAGCUUAGGGUUGGCAGUUGCUGCCAUGUUAGACCCUAGAUUCAAGAUGAAGUUGGUAGAUUAUUAUUAUCCACAAAUCUAUGGCAGCAUGUCUGGUGGUCGAAUUGAAGAGGUCUUUGAGGGUGUGAAGGCUCUAUACAAUGAACAUUCAAUAGGCUCCCCACUAGCGUCUCAUGAUCAAGGUUUGGCAUGGCAAGUUGGCAAUGGUCCACUUCUCUUACAAGGUUCUGCAAAGGACUCCAGGGAUAGGUUGAUGGGGUUUGAUAAGUUUCUCCAUGAAACGUCGCAGGGUGAAGGUGCAAAAUCAGAUCUAGACAAGUAUUUAGAAGAACCUCUCUUUCCACGUAAUGUUGAUUUCAGUAUAUUAAAUUGGUGGAAAGUUCACACUCCCAGAUAUCCUGUCUUAUCCAUGAUGGCACGAAACGUUUUGGGAAUUCCAAUGUCAAAAGUUGCACCAGAGUUGGCAUUUAACUAUAGUGGAAGAGUCCUUGAUCGCGAUUGGAGCUCACUUAAUUCUGCUACGGUCCAAGCUUUGGUGUGUUCACAAGAUUGGAUAAGGAGUGAACUGGAAAAUUAGAAUUGCUUUUUCCCUGCAUUCUAUUUGUACAUGCCAAUUCUCCUCAUAGAUAUAUCCCCAUGUAAGUUAGAUCUUCUAACUCCAUCCACAUCUCAAUUUUCCUGACCUUUUUGUAUGCUGGAUCUAUUUAUAGCCCACAGCCUUAUGCAACUAGCAAGUUAUUUUAUGAUUCUUUUAAAUUCUUUUUUUCUUAAUUAUUUUGGUAAUCCACUGCUUCUUGAAAACAAAAUUUUUUAUCAUGCUCAUCGAUAGAAGAACCGUAAACAUCUGUCUUCAUAAAACGACCGUUCUUUAUCUCAAGUAUAAUUUAUUUUAGGCUAUUAUGUUUAGUGAGUAUUUGCAGUCUGACCAUCAUUAUAGUUAGCAUUGCUGUCCUUUUUUCGUUAGUAAUUAAGGAACGGUUGUUGUGAACAUCAGCUUUUAGGAUUAAUUUUGAAUAUCGAAAAGCGAUAUAUUUUAUUAAGAAAUUAUUUAUUACACUUUUGUAUUUUUAAUGUAAUAAAUCGUAAAAAUUUUUCAUUUUAAAUAUUUAAAAUUAUCUGUGAGGAC